AUCCAAUUGACGUCUUUGGAUUUCCCUCUCUCCCUCUCUGUGUAUAUAUAUAUGAUUCGAUAUCAUAGAUAGUUCAGACCGCUUUGUAUCCUGUCCUACCGGUGCAUUUUAGCAUAAAAAAUGGUGCACCCAAUAGCGGAGGCGAACGAGAAGAGCCCGUUCGGCUCGCUCACCCCGGACGAGUUCUACGCUCGCCACUCAGUGAGUCACUCGUUCGAGUACAUCACCAAUUCCAGAGGAAUGAAGCUGUUCACACAGUCGUGGACCCCACUCCCGCCGACGAAGAUCAUCGGAAUUGUCGCCGUCGUCCACGGCUUCACCGGCGAGUCGAGCUGGUUCACUCAGCUCACCUCCGUCCUCUUCGCCAAGUCCGGCUUCGCCACUUGCGCCAUCGAUCACCAAGGCCACGGCUUCUCCGAAGGCCUCUCUUGCCACAUCCCCGACAUCAACCCUGUCGUCGACGACUGUAUCUCCUUCUUCGACUCGUUCCGUGCUCGUCACGCGCCGUCGCUUCCUUCGUUUCUCUACUCCGAGUCCCUCGGCGGAGCCAUCGCGCUUCUCAUCACUCUUCGCCGCGGCUCGAGCCGCCCGUACGACGGGCUGAUUCUCAACGGCGCGAUGUGUGGAAUCAGCGCCAAGUUCAAGCCGCCGUGGCCGCUCGAACAUUUUCUCUCGAUCGUCGCCGCCGUGGUGCCGACGUGGCAAGUGGUGCCGACGCGCGGAUCGAUACCGGACGUGUCGUUCAGGGUGGAGUGGAAGAGGAGCCUGGCUUUCGCAAGCCCUAGGCGGAGCAAGGCGAGACCACGCGCGGCGACGGCGCGUGAGCUUCUGAGGCUGAGCGCGGAGCUGCAAUCGAAAUUCGAGGAGGUGGAGGUGCCGUUUCUGAUAAUUCACGGCGGCGAAGACGUGGUGUGCGACCCGGCGUGCGCGGAGGAGUUGUAUCGGAGAGCGUCGAGCAAGGACAAGACGAUUAGGGUUUAUCCGGGGAUGUGGCACCAGCUGAUUGGUGAGCCUGAAGAGAAUGUGGAGUUGGUGUUUGGGGAGGUUGUGGAGUGGUUGAGGACUAGGGCUGAACGCGCCGCCGGAGAGGUUGAAGCUACUGGAGGAGAUUGUGGCGCGUAAGGGUGGUGGCGGAGAGGGAGAUGGUGGCACGUAAGUGGCAUUUUUUUUAAAAUUAUUGGGUAAUUGUUAAUUAAUUAGGGGCAAUGGAAGAAUGUUAAUUUUUUUUUUUUUUGCAAUAAAUUUUUAUUUUUCUUUGUAAUUCGAAAUAAGUUACUAGUAGUCAUGUUUUUAAUGUGUCUCCUCUCCUCUCCCAAGUAUAAAAAUUUAAAUACUAGUUCUCUAUUUGGGUUUAAUCUACAUUGUAAGAUUUGAAGAAAAAAUAAUUGGGUUCGUAUAACAAAUAUUAAUUCAAACGCAA